AUGUUACCAAGAGGAGUCGAUGGAACAAUAAAUGCAAAAAUUUUGAAGGAAGCAUUGUCGAGGACCAUCCAUGAUAUUGAUUUAACUUUUUCUGAGGUUGCUUCUAAACAAAAUCAUGUUCCUGGAUGCGUUGCCACUGUUGUUCUUAUGAUAGAAGGGCAAAUAUUAGUUGCCAAUGGUUGCAACUCAAAGGCCUUUUUGUGUAAUUGGCACUAUGUGGAGGAUGAAGAUGUAUGGAUUGAUCUGUCUGUUAAAUUGGCAAGAAGGUAUCAUUCAAGAAGUCUCAGUGAAAGAACUGAAGAUGGAACUACUUGUGUACUAGUAGGAAGGUAUGGCAAUUUGGCACCUAAGGUGACCGAUUGGAAACCUUUAAGUGCUGUCAAUAGUCAUUUGGUGCUUGCAUCUGAUGAAAUAUUUAAAACCCUAAAUGAACCUGAUAUCUGUGCUCUAUUACAUCAAAAAUGUUAUAAAAGCUAUUGGAUGUUAACCCCCAUUCCAUGUUAUUUCAUGACACCAAGUGAUUCUGAUUGCAUAGUACAUACUGCAUUUCUUAAAGCCAGCAAAGAGGGGGUAUUCCAUAUGAUAAUAGUAGGAGUGGCUAUAACUUGUCAGUUGCUGUGGUUUGUCUGA